AUGGGAGCGACGAUAUCGGUAGUCAAGACUUUGAUUGUCCCAGCCGCCAUCUCGCUCAUCCUUUUUCUGAUCACGACCUACGUGCUCAUCCCUAUCUGGCAACGCUACCGCAACCGCUAUAGCCAGUAUCUUCCUCUGGAGACGAUAUCGACUCAGACCUUGUCGCUUCGGGCGAGAAUACAGGGCGCGAUGGCACGAUUCAUAAUCCCCUCGGCGUGGAGAGCCAGGGUAUCCGACGACGUCGUCGUCGCUGAGCGAAACUCGUUUGAUUCGGACGAGGGCGAGGAACUUGAUGAGGUAGACGAGUCCACUACGAGGAGGGUAUUGGACCAGAGCAGGAAUAGUGAUACUAUGGACAGCACGCCAAGAUUAAGCAGAGACCUGGAGGAGGGAUUCAUGGACGACAGUGACGAAGAGAUAGAAGGUGCGAGAGGUAGAUGA